CGAAAUUUGAAAUUUAGCACACAAAAAAUGAAUAUUCGAUCAGGAACACUUAGAAAGUAAAUUAAGGCCGGGAAAGAAUAUUUCAAUUUUUUUUGGGUAAUUUUAAAAUUAUUAAAACAUAAUGGAGUGGAAAAAGGGUUACUUGGAUGUGAUUUUGGUGCCCAUUGGGUGUUUAAUAUGCAUAGGGUAUCAUGUUUGGUUGUGGCAUAAGGUCCGGACGCAGCCGCUCACGACCAUCAUUGGAACCAACGCCGUCGGCCGCCGUUUGUGGGUCUCCGCCAUCAUGAAGGAUAAUGAAAAGAAGAACAUAUUGGCGGUCCAAACACUGCGGAACUCAAUAAUGGGGUCAACCCUAAUGGCCACCACCUCCAUCCUCCUCUCCUGCGGCCUCGCCGCCAUCAUAAGCAGCACCUACAGCAUCAAAAAGCCUCUCAACGACGCCGUCUAUGGGGCCCACGGGGAGUUCAUGGUGGCCCUCAAGUACGUGGCCCUCCUCCUCGUCUUCGUUUCCUCCUUCGUCUGCCACUCCCUCUCCAUCCGGUUCGUGAACCAGGUCAACUUCCUAGUCAACUGCCCGUUGGACCCCGCCGGGAUUGUGGUCCCGGAGUACGUGACGCGGUUGCUGGAGAUGAGCUUUGCGUUGAACGCGGUGGGGAACCGGUUGUUCUACUCGGCGCUGCCCAUGUUGUUGUGGAUUUUCGGACCCGUGUUGGUGUUCUUGUGCUAUCUCACCAUGGUGCCUCUCUUUUACAACCUUGACUUUGUUUUCCACGUUGAUAAGGGGAAGAAGAAGGAAGAUCUAUUCAACAAUAAUGAUCAUAUUCACAAUCCAAAUACCAUAAACAAUGUAUAAUGUCCCUCCUCUUUCUACUUCUUCAUGGGUGUGUGAAAAUAGUGGGAUGAGAUGAUGGGAUGAUAUUAUACAUUACCUAUUUACCUUCCUCUUAGAGUAUCAGUCUAGUUUAACUUUUUCGAGUUAAACUGGAUAGACUUUGAUCAACAAUUAAAUAAAAAUUGUAUUU